AAGAACAAGACCCCGGAACUAAAGCGGCAAUGUUGUACUUCCUUUUCCGGUUAGGUCUCCUCGUCGUCGGUAGCGUGGAUUUCAUCACACGGGCGCACAAAGUGACCAAAAAUGAGCGUCCCGGCAUUUAUCGACAUAACGGAGGAAGACCAGGCGUCAGAACUCAGAGCCUACCUCAAGUCCAAAGGAGCUGACAUCUCGGAGGAGAACUCUGAAGGUGGACUUCACAUAGAUUUGGCUCAGAUCAUCGAGGCUUGUGAUGUCUGUCUGAAGGAUGACGAUAAAGAUGUGGAGAGUGUGAUGAACAGCAUUGUAUCUCUGAUGUUGAUCUUGGAGACAGAGAAGCAGGAAUCUCUCAUUGAGAGUUUGUGUGAGAAACUGGUCAAGUCUCGUGAAGGAGAGCGACCUUCCCUUAGGAUGCAGUUGUUGAGUAACUUGUUCCACGGUAUGGAUGAAAACGCUCCAGUCCGAUACACAGUCUUAUGCAGCCUUAUCAAAGUGGCAGCUGCCUGUAAUGCCAUUACCUUCAUCCCGACUGACCUCGAUCAGGUGGCCAAGUGGAUAGUCGACUGGAAUUUGAAUACAGAGAAGAAGCACACUCUCUUGAGGCUGGUGUAUGAAGCACUGGUGGACUGCAAAAAAAGUGAAGCUGCAGCCAAAGUGAUGGUGGAGUUGCUGGGAAGUUACACAGAGGACAAUGCUUCACAAGCACGUGUUGAUGCACACAGAUGCAUUGUCCGGGCCCUCAAAGAUCCCAACACCUACCUCUUUGACCACCUGCUUACUCUCAAACCAGUGCGCUUCCUGGAGGGAGAGCUCAUCCAUGACCUGUUAACCAUCUUUGUGAGCGCAAAGCUAAUAUCAUAUGUCAAGUUUUACCAGAAUAACAAAGACUUCAUUGACUCUCUGGGCCUGUUACACGAGCAAAACAUGGCCAAGAUGCGUCUGCUCACGUUCUUGGGCAUGGCAGUGGAAUUCAAGGAAAUCUCCUUUGACACCAUGCAAGAGGAGCUGCAGAUUGGAGUGGAAGACGUCGAGGCUUUUGUCAUUGAUGCUGUCCGGACCAAGAUGGUGUACUGCAAAAUUGACCAGACACAGCAAAAAGUCGUUGUCAGUCACAGCACAUACCGCACCUUCGGGAAGCAGCAGUGGCAGCAGCUGCACGACUGCCUCAGCUCUUGGAAAGCCAACCUAGCCACCGUCAAGACCAGCCUGCAAACUCUGUCGCCUUCCACCUAAAUGUCACCUUCAGAAUCUUGGAUUCUCUUUCUACACAAAUUCUCACACACCCUGAACUGCUUUUAUAUACAUCCAAUAAAAGAAACGGUGGAGAUCAA